CAAAUUGAUUUACCGUGAAAUAUCUUCGUUUGAAAACUUUGAAACCAGCUGUUCUAAGAUAUUAGAAAGGAAAAAUUUGAAUGUAAACUUUAAAAAUCGUCAAUCUUUGUCGCUGUUCCCUUUGGUAUGGAUGGCCGUCCAUUCAACCUGGUCGUUUGUUUUAACACGGUGAGUGUGAAACGAUGGCAUAUUUGAUUUAAAUUCACGGUUUAGUCUUUGACUUUUCAACGAUAUUUAAAGCGAAGCUCUAGAAUUUUAGCAGUGUUAACAGGUUUCUAUAUGAGUCCGAGAAUUCUCGUGCAUUCUGCAUUUGACAGCUUUAUAAUUAACUCAAGUUGUUUGUUGCACAGCAAACAGAUAUAUUGCUCUUGAACGUUUUUAGUUGCAUUUAGGAGUUAGAAGAGACCUCAGUUCUAAGUAUUACAUUAGAUUGUUUCAUGAGAUAGGAGCAAAGCUUUCGUACAGAGACAACAAAACUGAUCGAGUGAGCAUUACAGAACAUGUCGAAUAUAACACGCGGAUAAAGUAACGCUUAUAUGAUCUUUCGAUCUACUUCGCAAAUUUAAUAAACCUGCGGCAAAGUUCUGUUCUAAAUCUAUCACCAGAUCACUUUCGUGAAAUUUAUCUCAAUGGAAUAAUAAUUUAUGGGAAUUAUUUCGAUGUAUGUUCCCUAGGUUUUCAACAAAAUCGGUGGAGGGUCCACACCGUGAAAGUGACCAGCCGGAACAAGGAAGUUUGAAUAGUUCUUGACUGUUUUGGAAUUUAGACUCUAUGGCGAUAUGUUUACGGACGCUGUUUCGACGUCCCACUUGUGGUCUCUGUGGCUGUUUGUUUUCACUUAUGGUACGUUUUUAUUAUAUUGGCCGUUAGUCAGUAAUUUGAUACAAUCAUCUUUUGGGGCUUUAUUGUUUUCUUUCCUGGAACAUCUUGCGGCAAUUAAAAUAAUGUAAGUAAAUAAGUGAUUGGUUGGGAAUUACCUGGUUGGGACUUGUCUCACUUUGCCAAAUUUGGGAUUUUUGUGGGUAUUCUUUAAAUACCCUAAAAUAUCCAAUAUUGGGAAUCUGUUAUUUUUUCCUGUGAAGGGUGGGAGUUGCCAUUAAUUAACUCAGUUCCUGCAUGUUAUCUCCCUGGAGCCUGAAUGACGACAUUGCGGACAGUGUUAACCAUAACAAUAGGGGUAAAUUAUGUUUGUGACAUAGUCAAAACAGAUCCCAGUAAGGCAGUUGUGAAAGAUCAUAACCAUGCAUUGGCCAUAUACCUCUAUGAGCAGUGGUAACUUGAUUGUUCAUAUUCAAGUAAAUGUUUUUUAUAAAGGUUAAAUGUUUCACUCCCAAAAGUUAACCAUAUGGGAAUGAAUGUACAGUGUUUUCUUGACAGGUUUAUUUUCUGUAGAGGGGCAACAGUGUGUUUCUAAUCCAUGUCACUUUAAUGGAACAUGUACUGAUAUUGGCAGCAGUAACUACUCUUGUCAAUGCCCAUUAGGAUUCACAGGUAAGAAAUCUCAUAGAUGUUUCUCUUCAUUGAUAUACUGUAACCUAAUCACACUUGUGAGUAGCCUGCACCACAGACGAAACUAAACUUCUAGUUAAGUCCGUCUGCGAAACAGCACUGAAAUCCUUAUUUUAGGCCCCCACCUGUGUACCGGGAUUUGAGUACACGCCAUGAUUGUCCUGUUAAAAAAGCCAUUGUCAAUUUGGCAAUUAGAUUAAGAGGAAAUUCGAAACGCAUUUUAGGUAAUUCGUUGAGUCCGUCGGCGGCCCAGAACUAGAAUAUCAGCGCUGUUUUGCAGACGUUACUUAUAACCAGGUUUAAAUUACAUCUGCAAUGCAGCCUAACUUGUGAGCUGGUCUGGAAAAGGGAAGCAGUUGUCAGGGAGGGGUCCAAGAGGUCUAGGUCCCUCCUUACUUUGCACCAAAACCAAGAUCCAUAUAUAGAUACUCUGUUGAAGCCAGAGCCAGUCCUCACUUGCCUCAAGGUCUGACACUGCCAGUGGAAAAAGACCAUUAUGACCAGCUGUCUUUUAGGGUCGGUGACCUAAAAGGCACUCCCUUAUUUGGCCUUAGUGGUUAUGUGCCGCUGAACAUGGUAUGGUCAAUUUUUAACAUGUUGUGGUUUUCAGUUGUGGUUUUUUUAAUUCUUGAACAUAGAAUACAGUUCUUAAACAGGGUGUGUUUCUGGACCCAAAGCCUUGCUCAGGGUGUAAUCUUUGUUUAUAGUGUGCAGUCUACAUGUGAAGUAUCAUCAUUUUUUUUUAAUUAUCUAAUUCAAUGGUGUCAGUUAAAAAAAAAAAACAGUUAGUUCUGUGUGUGAAAGGAAAUGAAUCAGGGUCAUGAAAAAAUGUCUCUUAGUUGAGGGCUUGGGGUCCCUCCCGGCUAUAUUACAAGUGUGAGCCCUGGCUACUUAAUUAGAUUUAGGUAGAGUCAAUGGUAUGGUUUAUAGUGUGGUUACAUAUAAUGUUCAUUUGGACACAUGGUAUUUAUUUCAAUUAUUCAAAUAGAUAUUGAUGCGAAUUUCUGACAAAUCUUUUCAUUUUCCCACCUAGUUAGCAAAGAUUCUUCCACCAUCACAUAUAGGUGUUUAUGCUGACUCCUAAGUUUUAAAUAGUAGCUUUGAGCUUACCAGGUAACCUGCAUAAAUACUGCAUUUCUCAUAUUUUUUUGCAUUAUUUUUCUCAUUCUAUGAUAGGUAAAAGAUGUGAAGCAGUGAUUAACAUGUGCCAUUUUAACCUGUGUCAGAACAAUGCUAUUUGUCAGAGAUUUCAGUCUGGAGGGUAUCAGUGUAUUUGUCAGAGGGGAUUUACUGGUUAGUGUUGAAUGAAGUGAUACAUGAGAUGUUUCCAGCUGCUAGUGAGAUAACUCCCAAGUUAUGACAUUUUACCAGUAAACUAAAUUUUCCUUCCUAUUAUUGUUGUCAUGACUGAAUAUAUCAAAAAUACGCUUUAGUAACAUAUGCUGAUAACUUCAAUGUGCUGUACUAUUCUCACUGCAUACAUAAUUGGCCCUUGACAUGAGAAAUGAGUACCAGUAACUCCCCGGUAACUCCUUUAAAUUCUGUAGGCCUGCACACUGGUGGCAUGAUAGCAUGGCGCACUGCUGCCCUUGCUUAGAAUUUCUCAGGUUUUGCCUGCUUCUUGGCCAGUUCAAUGGAGUUUAGAGGAAGUGAGAUUCAAAGUUUCGCCCCUCCCACCUCCCCUGGUGGCAGUUGACAUUUGCAUACCUUUUAUUAUUCGGCAUUCCUAUUGUCCUGGCAGUCGCAGUUUCCUACCAUAACUUAGUUCCCCAUGUAGGGACAAUAGGUAUACAGUGGGAAUAUUAUACUAACUUUGUGAAAAAUAACAUCAAGAUUUUCUGCUUUAAUCCCAUACUGAAUAAUGCACCAAACCAUACCUACUAGGAUGCAAAUGUUAAACAAUAAAUUAUUGGAUUAGGUUUUUGUAAUAACAGGAUUAAUCAAGGUCAAGGUGAGUGUUAUCAGCCUCAACCUUCUUGAGACCAUGGUCAUUCUGGAUAUCAAUAAAACCAAAUCUAAUUGUUUUAUUGAUCUUUUAUUGUACAUAAUAAUGCUUUGAAGAAGAUAACAAGAAACACAAUCGUACAUAAUACAAUUUGACAUUGCUUUUGGAAAUCAUGCAUUUGUACACAACCCACAGAUUAGUUAGAUAUCUGCUAGUAGAUAAUCUACCUAAUCUGUAGGUUAUGCUGAUUUGCAAAUUUAACUUUAUGCUCUUAUCCAAUGGGAAGAGUGAUAGUUAGUACAAUUUGUAAUAUGAUAACAUUUUUCUCAGGGGGCAUGUCUCUGGACCUCGUUGUGUACUCGCACCACACAGCAGUCAGGCACAGUGUUGUUUACACCCAUUAGUAGUCUCCUUAGCUUGUUGAACCCAUUAUUCAGAAACAUUAUGAGACUGGGCUGCAAAAUUCAUUGUUUGUUAUUAAAUAUAUCUUCUAGGAGUCCAUUGUGAGGUCAACAUAAAUGAGUGUAACCAGACUGCAUUACCUUGCUAUAAUGGGGGCACAUGUGUUGAUGGUGUUAAUGGCUACAGGUGUCAGUGUCUUCCAAGUUUCUCAGGACCAUACUGUAAUGUGACGGUCACCAGCUGCAGUGGUCAGCCAUGUCAGAAUGGAGCAACUUGCGUGGAAAAUCUUUCGGGGUUAGAAACCAUUGAGAGACUAAAAUGUUACAAAAAAAAACAGGAUUAAGUCAAAUGAUAAUACUGUAGUGGAGCAUUUACAUUAACCCUUCAUUUUUCAAAGUGCAAGAGUCCAUUAAUUUGGUUCUUUUACUUCCCCUUAAAAUGGUCAAGGAAGGAUGUAAUGGCCAAUAACAUUGUUAUCAGACUGCAAAUUUUCCUUUCCUUUCAUGUUGACAGUCUUUAUAAGAACUCACUUUUUUGUUUGUUUGUUUUUUUUUUGGUUGGUUCUGUGUUUGUUACUGUUGUUUUUUUUUUCUUUUUUCUUUUUCUUUGUUCAGUGAUUUAAGGUAGGACUCUUGUAACUGGUUCCCAAAGAGAGUUUCCAGAUAGUAGGGAUUCAAUAGUAAUAUAUUACUCUCUUUAGCAAUAAUUAGCGCAAACCAUGAAAUAUUUGAAUUUUUUCCUCAGGUACAAUUGUACAUGUGCAGCUGGUUUUACUGGUUUCAACUGUGAAGAGAAUAUUGAUGACUGUCAGCCAAAUUCUUGUCAACAGUAUGAGCAGUGUGUUGACGGCAUCAAUAGUCAUCAAUGUGUCUGCCCUGUUGGAAAAACAGGUCAGCGAUGCAGUGUUGAUAUUGAUUAUUGUUCCAGCCAGCCAUGUUUAAAUGGAGCAACAUGUAGCAACAGUCAAGGUGAGAGAGAAGUUCUUCGUUAGCAUGACCACAUAAUGACUUCAAUCCUUUUCUUCACAAAUAUGCAGAUAAAGCAAAACGUAGACAUUGGCUCCCAUUGGAAUUAUUCUUGCUGCUUAACUUGCACGUGUUUCUAACGAUUUAGCACCAGGAAAAUUCACCUACGUUUAAUAACAAAUUGAGUAAGUUGGAAAGUUUUAAAUGCAAACUCACUUUUGUAUGAUGAAGUUUUCACUGUUAUCAUUGUCAUGGUUGUGUUAAGUGACCUAAUUCUAAAUGGUCAAAGUUUUAUAGAGAACGGAACGACUCUCGUUUUUUUCUUAAUUAUGUCAAUGCUAACUGUAGGUUAACUGUAAAAACGUUUCCAGCGAAUGUCACACCCUAGACAACUCAGUCCCACAAAAACAAAGAAAAUGGGACAUUUUUAAAGAAUGCAAAACAAAGCAAAAUACUUUUUUUUGUUUUGUAACUAAUAUUUUCCUUUCCAUUGCCUUUUUCCUCAUCGGAACUCUAUUAGUGUAAACUCACAAAUUUUCAUUCUACGUAUUUUGCUCUGCCAGGUAACUAUUCCUGCACUUGUGUCCCAGGCUUUGAAGGCCAGCAUUGUGAGAAUGACACUGAUGAAUGUGCUUCUCAGCCUUGUUUUAAUGGUGGAACAUGUCAUGACAAACUGAACAGCUUUACUUGUGGUUGUCCGGUUGGGUUUAUUGGUCGUCAGUGUGAGGCAAACAUUAUUGAGUGUCUGUCUAAUCCAUGUCAAAAUGGUGGCACUUGCGUUGAAAAUGUUGGAUUAGCGGGAUACACUUGUAGAUGUCAAACAGGAUUUCAAGGUUAAGUUUUGAAUCUUAAGAUGUCUUACUAAGGGCAAUCUCGUUGAAAUAAACUAGUUGAAUCUAACUGUCCAUAAACGAACUUAAAAAUUCAUCAUUACUCAGGCUCAUGUUCACACUAUACAGGGGCACCCAACGAGACUUUCGUUCAAAACCACUUAAACAUAGCAUUGUUAAACGUAUUUUAGUAUUUAAACGGUAGAUAUAGGCAUAUUUUUAUCCCCUAAAGAUUUUUCAUCUGUUCGGAUUUCCUAGCUGAAAGUCUAGUGAUCCGAAAAUUAUAGGGAUCAAAACUUACCUUUUCGAAAGUUUUAGCCAGAGAAAAGGCUCCCGAAAAUUCUAGGUGACCUUUUCAGGGUAAAAAUCCGUUAAAAAUGGGCAAUGAUAGUAGUUUUUAGAUGUUCGAAAAUCCUAGGAGAGGCAGGCAAGCAAAAAAAAUUACGACAAAUGUUCCGAAAAUUCUAGAUCUCAAAUCGUCUUCCGAACAGAUAUUUUCCGAAAAUUGUCGUUGGGUGCCCCUGACUAUACUUUACAGUAUAAACACCUAUCUGUAUGUGACUCUUCGCUCCGUUACAGAAGUCACACCGAAAUCACUGUUCUUUUGUGUGAACGGAAGCCCUUUCCGAUAUGGUUUUCGUGCUGCCGACGCAAGAGCUAUCCCGUAGUCUUUCCGAUAUGGUUUUCGUGCUGCCGACGCAAGAGCUAUCCCGUAGUCUUUCCGAUAUGGUUUUCGUGCUGCCGACGCUAUCCCGUAGUGUGAACCUAAGCCCAUCCCAGUUUAAUGCUUCCUUUCCCAUCGCCCGACCGACCCAUUUUUUUUGGAAAAGUAAAAAAAAAAAAUUCCAGGAUCACUUGUAAAGAAGCAAGUACUUUAAUCUACAAGCACACGAUCUUGUCUUAUUAACACCAGUUGUCUUAAAUUAUCAUCGAUACUUCGUUUUUGUAGCAUUUUUAGACAUUUGAUAGUCCUGUUAAUAUACAUCUUUUACCAUCUGAUUAUAUCUUGUAGACUAAACGUGAGAUUUAAUAUGCAAUCAGGUGUUCAUUCUUGUGUUUUUUUUUUUCGUUUUUUUUUUUUGCCCCACUGACCGACCCACCCCAACGAGAGGGAGGGCGAUGGGAAGCGAAACAUUUUAAAACGAGGGCCGCAGGUAUUUAACCAUCAUGAAACUCAUUUAGUAUGAGUUUUUUGACCCAAGAAAUCUUUCAUAUAAUUUUUCCGUCAAUCCUCGAAUUCUGAAAUGCUCGAAUUGCAUUUAUAAUAUGUAUGUUUUUUUUCCCUUCACAGGAGUCCACUGUGAGUAUAGCAGUUCCUCUUGUCAACCUAAUCCUUGCCAACACAAUGGCACGUGCACACUACAUGGUAACAGAGCAAACUGCACCUGCACAACCCUCUGGACAGGUCCCUACUGCAGCGCUGAUGUCGAUGAAUGCCACGCUUCUCCCUGUGGAAAUCUAGGCACGUGUCACAACACGCCUGGGGGAUAUAACUGCACGUGCUUAUCUGGGUUUACAGGGCAACACUGUGAUAAACACGUGGACGAAUGUCUUGAUCAGCCUUGUCAGAACCAGGGCACGUGCGAGGAUUUGGUAAAUGGAUACCGGUGCACGUGCACCGCGAGUUUCACGGGCAAAAAUUGCGAGGUUCCCCUAAAUGACUGCUCUGCACAGCCGUGUAAAAACGGAGGAACGUGUCAGCUUGGAGGAAGUGGAUUUAACUGCUUGUGUAAACCGGGUUAUACCGGAUUGACUUGUGACACCAACAUUGACGAGUGUUCAUCUAAUCCGUGUAAAUUUGGCAGUACCUGUGUAGAUAACGUGAAUGGUUUCGUUUGUCAAUGUGCUGAUGGUUUUCGAGGAAGGACUUGUGAAGUUCUUUUUGCCGUGAGCUUCCAGCAAGGAGCGUACAUACCUGCCUUGAACUUCAGACUUUUCCCAUCAGAACUGUUUUCGUUUAAAUUUAGGACAACUCUUCCAGAUGGAUUGCUGUUCUACCAGGGGGCAGUAAGUGAUUAAGUGAUCAUGCAUCCCAACGUGCAAUUAAAAUCUCUUCUCGUACUCGCUCCAAAAGUAUUAGAGACCUUUCGAUUCGAGAGCGAGAACGAUUUUGAUUGCGUCAUUUGACUUAAUGUUUUUUCGCGUAUCCUAAAAAUAUACUCCCCAGAAAGCUUCAUUUUACUAUUUUUUUCUAGAAAAGUUAUCACUGUUAUCUUAUAGUUAAUUAAAGGAGGUUAAGCCCUCUCCAGAUCGCAGAACGAUAAAACAUUUGAUAGCUCGUUUCCGCCAAUACGACAUUCUCGCUAAAACUCGGCUAGCACUACUUGAUGUUGACAAAAUUUUGUUCAUACUCGUAGUCCUCCUGGUCUUAGAAUCUAAAGGUCUCUAUUGGCUUCCCGUGGUACCACGACCUGCGAGUGAUCAUGAUCACUUUCGAGACUUGAGUUCAUUGGCAUGGAUAGCGAGUUUUGCUUACGCUAGGAAGCUAGAGUAGUUACAUUUAAAGUAGUUUUCGGAUGAGAGCAGUGCACUCAGAUUUAUUGGAAUAAUCCUACCCAAAAUGAUUUUAAUGCCUUAAGACCAGUCAACAGUAGAUAAGUUUGGGUGUGAGUCCAAGGCAUAUGCACUGUAAAGCCUUGAAGUCCUGCUACUUAUCAGGUCACCCCAAACCAUAGUUGAGCGUGGGCUACAGAAACCACUGGCCAGUAUUGUCCAGGGAUUAACUUCACCUAAAUUACAUUUAGACACCUUAUAAGUCAGCUUUCAAUCCGUGAUUGUUCUAGAACUUGGAUUAGCCCUUUAUUUUGUCCAUUUAAAUCAGGUACAAUUCUCCUUUUCCAGGACUUCACAAAGGAACACACUGAUCAUGUGAUCGUAGAGCUGACCAAUGGUUCGGUCCGUUUGUCAUUCAACACUGGUGUGGACACUGCAAAAGCCACCCUAGGGCAAGGACUCAACGACGGGACCUGGCAUCUAAUUACCGUCAGGAUAACUAGUUCCCAGGCCACUAUAUCUGUUGACAUAGAUACGUGCACUGGAAGUGACUGUUCAAAGACAGUCAAUACAAACAGUGACAGUAACACGGAGUUUUCUGGUUUACCUUACCUCGGGGGUGUUAACAAGCUGGUGCCUCGCAUAACUCAGGAACUGAUAAGCGAUGGCACGUUUGUUGGCUGCAUCAAGGUAUUUGGGAUUAAUUCGCGUCUCUGGCAAACUACCCACCUACCACUCAACUAACCCAACAUUUUGCUCUAAGUGAGAAGUAAGUGUUAACGUUGGGUUAGGGGAGGGGUAGGUGGGCAGUUUUGCAAUAACAAAAACAGUACAGUGGAAUAAGUAGCCUUCAUGGAAGGCGUCGAAAGGGAUGGGGGAUCGGGAAGAAGGAAAAAAGUUACAUGGGAUUUUCUCUUGCUCGCUUUUCUCGCGACAAUCCCGAAAGAUAUUAGCCUUUCAGGCUACUCUGAAAUUCGAGGAUAAAUAAAGUUCAUGUUAUAAAGUUCAUGGUAAGGUAAUAUGAUCAAUACACUGUUCCUGACGUACUGUAGCUGUCCCUACUGUUGUUGCUUUCCUUUAGCCUUCGCAAACAUGCGUCCGUGGCCUCUCGUGCCAUUCCUUUAAUACCUUUCGAUAUUGUCGCGUGCACUUUUUCCUUUCUCAAAAUAGCUGUGUAUAGACAUUGCACAAGUCGUCCUCACGAUUUUCAUCGCAGAAAGAGCCUUAGGACAAAGAACUAACACCAAUACGUCCAUCAAUAAAUCUCUCAUGUUUCACUCUGCAGUGAUGGCGCGAAACAUGUUUCCAUUCCUGGCUUAUCUGUUAUGCCUUAAUUCUUGGACUUUUUUUUAUUCUGUCAUUCUCCAGGACUUUUUGUUCAACAAUAUAGACAGUGGACUGCAAGACGUUUUAGCCCAGUCGUACCUAGUGUCUCCUGGUUGUCGAAGGCAAGAGGUGUGCAGUAACCACGGAUGCAAGCACGGUAGCUCAUGCGUAGAUGAAUGGAACCGCUAUAGUUGUCGCUGUCCUUCGGGCUUUGUGGGCUCAUUUUGUGAGCGCCAAAUCACAGCGACAUUUGACAGGGAUGAUAGUUCUGGUUUGAUGUUCACAUCUGUUGCUAAUAUAACCUCGUUUUCUCUUGAGUUUUCGACUGAUCCCUCAGUGACUAGAGGGGUGCUGGCAUUCACAGGGGUAAGUUAUGUUAACAGAAGCCCAGAAACGAGAAGUUUUCUUACGCCUCCGUUUCUGUGAACUUGACAAAAUGUUACCUGAAUCCCAAGUUGCAGGUUUAUUCAAUUUUGCUUAGUAAAUGACAUAUUAAAUACUGAAGUAAACAACAAGGAUCAAAGAUUAGCGUAGUAGGUUUGUGCGGGAGGACCCGAGGUUGAUUUCUAGGUGCGUAAAUCCUUCCUUCGACUUCUUUCCUUUCCGUGUAGCUUUUAAAUGUCUUUGAUACCCGUACAACUGAGCUUUAAUGUAGAGCGGGCAGAAUGAGCGAACCGUCAGCCUCAGGCUUGUCUGUGUUAUAUGUACUGUCAGGGGCACCCAACGAAAAUGUGGUUCAAAACCACUUAAACAUAGCAUUGUUAAACGUAUUUUAGUAUUUAAACGGUAGAUAUAGGCAUAUUUUUAUCCCCUAAAAAUUUUUCAUCUGUUCGGAUUUCCUAGCUGAAAGUCUAGUGAUCCGAAAAUCAUAGGGAUCAAAACUUACCUUUUCGAAAAUUUCAGCCAGAAAAAAGGCUCCCGAAAAUUCUAGCUGACCUUUUUACGGUAAAAAUCCGUUAAAAAUGGGCAAUUAUACCAUUUUUUAGAUGUUCGAAAAUCCUAGGAGAUGCAUGCAAGCAAGAAAUUUUACAACAAAUGUUCCGAAAAUUCUAGAUCUCAAAUCGUCUUCCGAACAGAUAUUUUCCGAAGAUUGACGUUGGGUGCCCCUGUACUGUUACGAGUUACCGAGUGACGUAAAACUAAGGACUUUAACCUUCACCAGUACCUUUAAAGUUAAGCGUUACACAUCCGCUUAGUGAUUCCUCGUCAACCACUGUGGAUCAAAUUGGAAUUUCGAAAUGUUCUCGCGAGGGUGGGAAAAUGGGACGGCCAGAGAAGAAUCUCUCUCAGCCAUAGGCUUCGAGCAUUCCCUCUUUUUGAGUCCGUCGAGCGAAACGUGCGUGCACUCCUUUCAGUGGAAGUGAAGAAAAAAGGAGACUUCACGGAGCCCAGUCUGCACGGGUACGAACCAACAACAAAACUUAACCCACAUAUUAGGCUGAUUUAGCAACAGAACGGGAACGUCAGUUGAAGACGGGAAAGCGCGCGAAAAGGACUAAACGCUACUUCCGGUGCACAAUUUGCCGCUCUGCUAUUGGUCAAGCCAGUUGUUUGAUUUGCGCGCGCCUUCGUCAACUGACGUUUCCGUUCUGUUGUUAAAUCAGCCUAUUAUGGCAUCGCCUCCGGGAUUCAAACGCAGGCCACAUUGGUUGGAGGCGAUUGCUGUCAUCACUGCACCACCCUUGUUUCCUUUUGUAUACUAAUAAAGAUCUUUUUUACACUGAUUAAUCAAUUCUUCCUAUAAUCAAUUCUUACUAUAAUUACGAAAUAAAGUAAAGCGAAUUUAAAAGACUUUUUUUUUAAUUUUCAGUCUUUCUUUGGUUUGGCCUUGCUGAACGGUCGUCUUCACGCUGCAUACGUGAAGUCUUUCUUCGACAGAACUAGUGCGGUCAUUGGCCAGAAUCUGGCAGAUGGCAGAUGGCAUAGGCUGGAUGUAAACGUCACUUCCGGCAAUUUGUCAAUUGCCGUGGGCUCGUUUCGAACUACGCUUGUACCGCCGAGUGGAUUCCAGACCAUCACGCAUCUGGGGAAAACAUUGCACAUGGGAUCUCUUCAGUUUAAUGAUCUGGGGAUAGCUUUAAAUAGCGAAUUUCUAACAUUCAGUGGGUGCUCAAGAACGGUUUUCAUUAACGGUCAUUUAAUAACGUUUGAGACAGCACAGAAAAAUGGGGGCUUUAGUCUACCUCUGCCGAGCUGCAAGAAGGACGAGAACUGUGGACCGAGUUCUUGCGCAAAUGAAGGAUCUUGCGAUGCAACGUGGACUGGGUAUGAGUGUCAUUGUUUAAAGGAUUUUGUUGGCAGACAAUGUGAAAAUGGUAAGUAAAAUUGUGCUAGUUAUAGGUGGAAUUCUUCUACGUCUUUGUAUCGUUCAGAACUCUGACAGAACGAACUUGAACGUAGAUCUUUUUCAUAUGACGUCACGGCGGCCAUAUUGGUGUACAAAACAAUGAAACGGCGGCCAUGUUGGUGUACCAAAAAAUUCCUUUGUGGCUUGAACUCUUGUCGGAUGUAAAAACUUUACUUUUGUGCCUAGAAACUUGUAUAGCUGCUGACCACGUGAGUGAAAACGAUCUAUUGUUGUUAGUCAGGAAUACUUGGAGUAAAUAAAUAGUUUGCGGGUAUUCAGAACACGGACUUGCGGGACCCUUCUAGAGUCAAUCCAUCGCCCUGUCCCCUUAGUUCUGAAAAUAACUCCUCUCAUUGCUAUCUCGCCGUCGUGCUCACCAUUAACCAAUAAUAGUUUACUUCUCAAAAUAAUUGUGCGUCUGUUAAGCUUACGCCGGCACAUGUAUGAAAAAAUAUUCUUGCAGAGAGUGUUCACCGUUCAUCUUCUAAUAAGCAUUUCGUUUCCACUUGCAGUUACUACAACGUCGUUAUUGAUGAAUGACAGCUACGUAGAAAUAUCUCUCAACGCCUCUCACUGGAGUUUCGGUCAGAGCGGAUCACUUUGGUUUCGGACGAGAGAAACGGAUGGUCUGUUAAUGUAUACUGGGAGAAAGCCUGGUGAAGGGAAUGUCGAGUUCCUUCUUCUUGAUAUCACUUCCGGUAAAGCUAGAUUUACCGCUGACCUUGGUUCAGGUAUUGUUUCUACUAUUGUUGUCAAACGUUGUUUUAACCGAAAAUUCAGAUGGUGGGAACUGACAUCAAAUUGAGUGAAGCAUAUAACAAUAACCGCUGAAAACGUUCAAGUAACCCUGCAAUUACAAAAGGAGGUACGGAAGCGGAUGAAAUUUAAAAAAGAUUGAAACGGAUUGCAAUUGUGGUUUUUGAAAACUUGUUGGCCUCGCAGUUUCCCGAAGGUUAUUUUUGUUUUCUGCAAGGUUUGAUACAAUUGGGAGUUUAAGAUACCACGACGGCGACGGCCACGAAAACGUCACUUAAAAAGUGAAUUUGCGUUCUUUCAAUCUCUAUCGCGAUUGCUCCAACUCAUUUACUUUGUCAAAUGCAAGCGAACUCUUUUUGAGCCGAAUUCCCAAGGACCACAUUCACGUCGUUUGUUUGCGUCCUCCAUAAAACGUGAAAUUAGGCAUUUUCCCGUCGUAGUCGUGCAGUGACGGCAAAGAAAUGUACAAAAAAGCCGUGCUGCACGUGCAGAGGUGUUGCUUUGCCUAUUCAACCUAUUGCUCUUUUGACGUUCUCGUUGUCGUCACCGUCGUAGCAUACUUGGGAACGGGACCAAUUUGUUUGACAUGAAGCUGUGACUCUGUCAUUCACAAGUAAUUUCUCGAGUUCCAUAGCGAAUAACGACUCGUAAAUGGCUUUAUAAACAAAAUGAACUGGCCAGCCUUGAAACAGCUCUUUGAUACAAUUUCAGUUAUUUAUCGUUUGGCAUGCAUUCGACUUAAUUUCAGGAUCAAAUGGGGUGUUCAUCAACCAACUCGUAUCUGAUGGUGACUGGCAUCACUUGCUCUGGACUCGAAGGUUAAAACGCAUUACACUGACCUUAGACGGAACCUUUACUGUACAGGCAGACGUUGCUGGGGCCGAAUCAGUUUUUAAUACUGCACAGGGACCUGUGAUUUAUGUGGAUAUUGGAGGGUUUCCUACUGGAGUAACCAGGGUUACAGGUAUUAUGAAGUGUAUGAUAGCCGAGGAGAGUUGAGUAACUUCAAAGACAACACAUUUUAAAAUUUACGAACAUGAUUCAACAGAAACGCAUAAAUGAUUUGCAUAAAUUGUCGUCAGUAUUACCAUCCUUGUGUUUGUCCCUUAUUGUUUUUUGAUUACUUUAACACCCAUAAAAACUCAGAAAGGAGACGUUAACACAAGUUAUUUGUUUUGGGGUGAGAUGGAUGUGGGGUAAAUUCUCUUAAGUUGUAAACUUGCUCGUCAGGACAGUUGGUCGGUCAGCCAUUUCUCAAGGCCUUUUACAGUGGAACCUUGAUAUAACGAACCUCUAUAUAACGAAGUCCUUGGUAUAACGAAUGAUUUUCUUUACCCCAGUAAUAGUAAAAUAUAUGGAAAAUAACCUCCAUAUAACGAAACCUAGUUCAAAAGAACAUAUUUUCCCAGUGAGUCCCUUGGUUCUACGUUAUAUCGAGGUUCCACUGUAUGUAUACUGAUCUAUAUAGAGAAAUAUAUCCAAAUUAUAAAGGUUUUAACGUCCUUUUGUCACACAUAAAAUGCUCAGUCGAUGCGUUACUAACAAUGAAGUAGUAAGACUGAAUGCUAACGUUUUGCUCGUUUUCGAUUCCAUCACAAAACUCAUGAGCUGAUUAUAAUUACUAUUUUCUUUUUCGACAGGAGUAACAAGUCGCAAACACUUCAAGGGCUGUCUUAAGGACAUCAAAUUUAACUCGCGCAGAGUUCACUACCUUUCACCCAGCUCUCAAGAGGGUCUUGAGGUGAACUUGAAUCAUGUAACAAUAGGUUGUGAUGGAAACUCAACUUGUUCGCCCAAUCCCUGCCCUUCGCACAGUGUGUGCGUGCCAUCGUGGAACGGCUAUAACUGCACGUGUGACGCAGGUUGGACGGGUGACAAUUGUGAUAUUCGUAUUCCCGACUGCACGGUGAAUAACUGUACAAAUGGAGCAACAUGUGUAAAUGUUUCACACGGCUUUAUAUGCGUGUGUGCUCGCGGAUAUUCGGGUCAGUAUUGUGAGAAUAAGUUGGAUUAUUGCCUGUCAGGCCCAUGUCGUAACAAUGCUACCUGCCGUGAAAUAACAGGAGGCUUCAGAUGUGAAUGUCUUAAAGGAUUCACUGGCCAAACCUGUGAGACUGAUAUCGACGAAUGUGAGGCCAAACCAUGUCAGAAUAACGGAACGUGUUCUGAUCUACCAGGAAACUACUCUUGUCAUUGCCCUGCCGGUUUUUCAGGAAGAGAUUGUCAAUUGAACGUAGACGAGUGCUCACCAAAUCCGUGUUUAAAUCAAGGAACUUGUCUAGAUUCAGUAGCCAAUUAUACCUGUCGUUGUGCUUCAGGUUACACGGGUAGAAAUUGUGAAGUUAACAUUGACGAAUGUUCCCCAAAUCCUUGCUUGAACAACGCUUCUUGCUCUGAUUUAAUUGCCGAUUACAGUUGUCAUUGUUCGCGUGGUUUUACUGGGAGAAAUUGUGGAGUUAACAUCGACGAAUGUUCUCCAAAUCCCUGUGUUAACUUUGGUACCUGUUCCGAUCUGAUUGGAAAUUACAGCUGCAAUUGUGCCUUGGGUUACACCGGAAGAAACUGUGAGGUCGACAUUGACGAGUGUUCUCCAAACCGUUGUCAAAAUCAGGCCACGUGUUCCGAUCUGAUUGGAAAUUACAGCUGCCAUUGCGUCUUGGGAUACACUGGGCGAAACUGUGAGAUCGACAUUGACGAAUGUUCUCCAAACCUAUGUCAAAAUCAGGCCACAUGCGCCGAUCUGAUUGGAAAUUACAGCUGCAGUUGUGCCUUGGGUUACACUGGACGAAACUGUGAGAUCGACAUUGACGAGUGUUCUCCAAACCGUUGUCAAAAUCAGGCCACAUGUUCCGAUCUGAUUGGAAAUUACAGCUGCAAUUGUGCCUUGGGUUACACGGGACGAAACUGUGAGGUCGACAUUGACGAGUGUUCUCCAAACCGUUGUCAAAAUCAGGCCACAUGUUCCGAUCUGAUUGGAAAUUACAGCUGCCAUUGCGUCUUGGGAUACACUGGGCGAAACUGUGAGAUCGACAUUGACGAAUGUUCUCCAAACCUAUGUCAAAAUCAGGCCACAUGCACCGAUUUGAUUGGAAAUUACAGCUGCAGUUGUGCCUUGGGUUACACGGGACGAAACUGUGAGAUCGACAUUGACGAGUGCUCUCCAAACCGUUGUCAAAAUCAGGCCACAUGUUCUGAUCUGAUUGGAAAUUACAGCUGCAAUUGUGCCUUGGGUUACACGGGACGAAACUGUGAGAUCGACAUUGACGAGUGUUCUCCAAACCGUUGUCAAAAUCAGGCCACGUGCUCUGAUCUGAUUGGAAAUUACAGCUGCAGUUGUGCCUUGGGUUACACUGGACGAAACUGUGAGAUCGACAUUGACGAGUGUUCUCCAAACCGUUGUCAAAAUCAGGCCACAUGUUCCGAUCUCAUUGGAAAUUACAGCUGCAAUUGUGCCUUGGGUUACACGGGACGAAACUGUGAGAUCGACAUUGACGAGUGUUCUCCAAACCGUUGUCAAAAUCAGGCCACAUGUUCCGAUCUGAUUGGAAAUUACAGCUGCAAUUGUGCCUUGGGUUACACGGGACGAAACUGUGAGAUAGACAUUGACGAGUGUUCUCCAAACCGUUGUCAAAAUCAGGCCACAUGUUCCGAUCUGAUUGGAAAUUACAGCUGCAAUUGUGCCUUGGGUUAUACGGGACGAAACUGUGAGAUCGACAUUGACGAGUGCUCUCCAAACCGUUGUCAAAAUCAGGCCACGUGUUCCGAUCUGAUUGGAAAUUACAGCUGUAAUUGUGCCUUGGGUUACACGGGACGAAACUGUGAGAUCGACAUUGACGAAUGUUCUCCAAACCGUUGUCAAAAUCAGGCCACGUGCUCUGAUCUGAUUGGAAAUUACAGCUGCAGUUGUGCCUUGGGUUACACUGGACGAAACUGUGAGAUCGACAUUGACGAGUGUUCUCCAAACCGUUGUCAAAAUCAGGCCACAUGUUCCGAUCUGAUUGGGAAUUACAGCUGCAAUUGUGCCUUGGGUUACACUGGACGAAACUGUGAGAUCGACAUUGACGAGUGUUCUCCAAACCGUUGUCAAAAUCAGGCCACGUGCUCUGAUCUGAUUGGAAAUUACAGCUGCAAUUGUGCCUUGGGUUACACUGGACGAAACUGUGAGAUUGAAAUUGACGAGUGCUCUCCGCACCCUUGUCAAAAUCAAGCAACGUGUUCCGAUCUAAUUGGAAAUUACAGCUGCAAUUGUGCCCUGGGAUAUACUGGAAGAAACUGUGAGAUUGAUAUCGAUGAGUGUUAUCCAAAUCCUUGUCAAAAUUAUGCCACAUGUUCCGAUCUAGUUGGAUAUUAUAGCUGUAGUUGUUCGUUUGGUUACACGGGGAGAAACUGUGAACAUGACAUUGACGAAUGCGCUCCUCGUCCAUGUAUGAAUAAUGCUACAUGUACGGAUCUUGUGGGUAACUAUAGUUGCCACUGUCUACUAGGCUUUAAAGGAAGAACAUGUGGUGUGAACAUAGAUGACUGUUCUCCAGAGACAUGCAAGAACGGCGGAACUUGUUCAGAUUUGAUAGCAGAUUUCAGCUGUGCUUGUUUGCCUGGUUAUACGGGGAAAAGUUGUGAGACUGACAUUGAUGAGUGUGCGCAAAACCCGUGUAAACAUGGUGCCACUUGUGUGGACGCUGUAGCCAAUUAUAGUUGUAACUGUGCCCAUGGUUACACGGGAAAAAACUGUGAAGUGGAUAUUAAUGAAUGCACCUCAAGCCCCUGCAAAAAUGAAGCUAAGUGUACAAAUCUGGUAGCAGAUUUUUCCUGCAGUUGUCUACCCGGUUACACUGGAAAAGACUGCUCCACUGAUAUAAACGAGUGCAAUUCCUAUCCUUGUUUACAUGGUGCUGCAUGUCAUGACAAGAUCGACAAUUAUACGUGCGCCUGUGUUCCUGGCUACACUGGUAGGCAGUGCGAGAUCAAUGUUGAUGAUUGUUCGCCAAAUCCUUGUCGCAACACUGGUAUUUGCUCGGAUGGGAUCAACAACUAUCGCUGCAACUGCGAAGGAACUGGAUUUAACGGAUCUCGGUGCGAGCUCGACAUUGACGAGUGCGCUUUGACUCCUUGCAAACACGGCACUUGCAACAACACCGUGGGCUCUUAUGCCUGUGAAUGCUUGGGGACUGGAUACACCGGAAAGCUUUGUGAAGUUGAUAUUAACGAAUGUGUCACCUUGUCAACGCCUUGCUUGAAUGGAGGAACGUGUCAAAAUACGGAUGGUUCUUACUACUGCGCAUGCGUUGCAGGUUUUCUAGGGAAAACGUGUGAUGUAAACUUUGACGAAUGCUCCAGUAGUCCCUGCAUUCAUAAUGGCCGAUGCGUUGAUGCAGUGGAUGGUUUUUAUUGCGAUUGCAUUGGGACAGGUUUUGAAGGAUUUCGCUGUGAUAUAAAUGUCGAUGAAUGCACAACCGGUGAACACGCUUGCAAAAAUGGCGGCCAAUGCGUAGACAACUACGGCGGAUACAACUGCACUUGUGAAGUUGGUUUCACUGGCAUUUUAUGCGAAAACAUGCUAGCCACUGUUAUUGAACCUACAGCUGCCGCUCAAAAACGCUCUAGUGGAAUGGAACUUGGAUUGUCAAUCGGACUUGUGCUGCUUGUAGUACUGGUAGCGGCUGUGUUAUUGUUCUUGUACCGUAAAAAACAAAUGAGCAAAAUGAGCGGCAAGUAUUACCCAUCAGAUGAGGAGUUUAGGGACGGAGUCUUUCCUAUGACGAAUGUGGAGAAGGACGAACGGCUAAUAUGA